GUUUUUUCUUCACCCAACAAAAAAAAAAAUUGUUUACAUAGCAAUAAGGAUUCCAGGACCUGUCCAAAAUGCGUUUGACCCGACAUAUAACGCAACUUUGGCAUAAUCGUGCUCCAACCGACAAAUAUUUGAAUACUUAUUUCUUUUUUGUUGUCCUGCGUUUGGUUUUGGUUUUUGUGCCGCAAUUGGGCUAUGUGCAUCCGGAUGAAUUUUUUCAAAGUGUGGAGGUGAUGACAGGUGACCACUUCCGUUUGGAGCACACUCGUACCUGGGAGUUCAAUAAUUCUAUGCCAUUAAGGAGCAUCACAUUGCCAUUUGUUCUGCUACGAAUUCCCUGGAGCUUCUAUGAGUUUGUGGCUCUUUAUGCGCGGCAUUGGUGGAAUGUAGAAAUGAUUAGUACCUAUGCCUUUUUGGUGUUCCCACGUCUGGUCUACACACUGAUAUCGUACUGCAAUGAUUGGUGUUUGUACCGCAUUUGCCGGUUGUAUAGCAUGCGGCAUGAGAUACGUUUGCUGGCCAUGGGAAGCUCCUGGGUCCUGUUGGUCUUUGGCACGCGCACAUUCUCUAAUACUUUAGAGUUGGCCAUGUGCUCAUGGCUCCUUUACCUGGUGUCCGAAUGUAUGCUACGCACAAACACUGUGGUGUAUAAGAAGGAGUUCCUUGAGGAGAAAUACGACAAGGCUGAGUCGAUUAGUGAGCGUGUAAAGAUUUGGAAGCUGAAAAAUGCUUUACCUGCCCACAAUUUUCAACAUAUGAUGGCUAUGUCUAGUAUUUGUGUGGCCGGUGUAUUCAAUCGUCCAACAUUUCUGCUCUUUGGAUCACCCAUGGUGUUCUUUUGGCUGCUGCGUGGAAUGGGUACAAGGAGUGUAACAUUCAGGGACUUCAAUCUACGCAUAGGAUUAUUUUGUGUGUGCUCUGUGCCGGCGCUCUUUCUCUUCAUAUUCUGUGACUCGCUUUACUAUCAACAUUUAACAGUCGGCGAACUGCAUAUGCUUCAGUUGGGGAUCGAGAACUUUGUGUUUACUCCAUGGAAUUUCAUUAAGUACAAUCUGGAUUCAACUCAGACAGCUAGCCAUGGUGUACAUCCGUGCUAUGUCCAUUUAAUAGUGAAUAUGCCGCUGCUUUUUAAUGUUUUGGCCUUGGCGGCGUUGGGUGCUUUUGCCCAGCUCUUAUGGCGUUUCUUCCGAGCAGAGUAUCAAUUGCUGCCACGUUUCCAAAGCAUUGUUUCCCUUAUGUCGGGAGCCAUUUUUGUGCCACUCUUCUUUCUAUCACUGAUCAAUCAUCAGGAGCCACGUUUUCUACUGCCCUUGGCAUUGCCACUACUUGUGUUGCAUGCCCCCAAACUAAUAACCGGUUUCAGUGCUAAAUAUCCAUUCCAAAAGGAGCAUUUUCUGCUGCGUUGGAUGUAUGAACGGGUGCUCUCGGGCAAAGCGUCGGGUCCGUAUCUAUUGAGGAUUUGGUAUGUGGCCAAUGUAGUGCUGACUCUUUUUUUCGGGUUCAUACAUCAGGCUGGGGUGUUUCCCCUAGCUCAGGGCAUGGCUCAUAUAGUGGCUACCAAACCAAUGGCCACUCACAUCCAUUUGAUGACCUCACAUACUUAUAGUCUACCUCUGCAUCUAGUCAAUGUGCCAAGUUCCAGGGUAAUGCAUUUCAAUCGUCGAACUCAUCAGCGCUUUAGGUACAAAAGGGAUUUUUAUCUCUAUGAAUAUGGAGGUUUACCACUGGAGAAUUUAAUGCACAAGGUGAAACUCAUUAGUGGCAGUUGUGAGGUUAAACUUUCGGGACCCGAUCACUUGCGUUACAAACUCUACUUGGCCAUUCCCGCAUCUCUAAGUGGGGAUCUAUAUGAAGCGUUGCAGCGUUCAAAUGCCAGCAGUUAUCUAAAUAUGGAACUACUCUCCGUUUACUAUCCACAUCUCUCGACAGAGGCAUUCCCAAGGCUACAAGGACGUCAUCCUUGUGACGUGGAUGCACCGCAUUGGCUACACGAUGAUUUGCGUGGCACUUGUGCCCUGGAACAAACACCAGACUUCAGUUUCAGCUACCUCAAUAAACAAUUUAGUUCAUUUAUUCAUCAAUUUGGUCUGGCACUGUACGAGAUAGAUGUGAAGCGACAGAAUCCCUCAAGGAAAAUUGUAUCGAAGUCCAUACCAAAGCUCUUGUCGAAAGCACCAGCGUAGAAUUGACAUAGAAGUACUCAUUCAUAGCAUAGAUACCAAAGAGUGUCUUACACAAUUACUUAAUUUGUUAAUGCAAUACAGUAACUAAUUCCUUCAGAUAAUUAA